AUGCCCAACGGCGCGGGACCGCCGAUCUGCACAGUGGAGACUUUGAGAGUCAGAUAUCGCAACGGUUUGAAAGCAUUUGUUGGUUCGGACAAUAAUAGGGGGGCACGGAGGCGGGGUGUCCCGGAGGGCCGCGCUACCGUUAUCUCGUGCGGAGACUGGUGGGAACGAGUUAUCACUGGUCGUCUGUUCGGAAAGUUCCUGGUCCCCCCUGAAUGCACGGAGAUGAACAUCGAGUUCGGCCGGGGUUGUCUGCUUUCCGGCAUCGGAGGAGUUCAGCUAGCCAAGCUGAAGGUGGAAUCAAUUGUGCUUGCAACGAAGGCUUGGCCCACAGGAUCCACCGCUACGGGUCUUAGUCAACUCACGCUUUCAGGAUUUCAACUUCCUCAGUCUCUAUGGCUCAGUCGAGAUAUCCAAAGGUCGCAAGUUCGAGCCUUGCUAGGGACAUUUCUUUUUGGUUUUGCCACUAUUUACUACCCGACACAUCAUUUAUCGCCAGAACUCAAAUACCUAAGCAUCAAUCGAUGGUCAGGAGGACUAGCUGUUUAUGUCGACAACACAAAGACAGAACCAAGUUUACAGAGGAAAGACAUAUAUUUCUACUUGACUUUCUAUCUUGUCCGAGAAACAAUCCAAUGUGUCUUUCCUUUCUUUCUUCUUUGGUUUUCCGACCAGCCUAUACAGCCGCUGCCUUCAAGGUUAGCACUUAAAACCACGACUCAGAACCUGCAACCCGCUAAACAACACCUGCGCAACGCACUUUGCACAACACCAUCGUCCAACGUCGAAAGAAAGACCACCGAUAACUUCAUCCAAGUGCAGCCGAACCCCCAAGAUCAAUCGUCCGGAUAA